AUAAUAAAAAUAAAAAUAUUAAGGGCAGAAAAAAGGGUUAUCCGGGGGGGGAAAGGGGGGAAGAAGAGGUGAAAAUGGAAAAGAAGCGGAAGAGGAAGCAGCAUGUGGCGCGUGAGACGAAGGCAAAGGCGAAGGCGGUUCGUGUGGGCCCAACCCGAAGCGACAAUGUGAAGGAUCCAUUCCCAUCUCACACUCGACCCACCCCACAAGAAUGCGAAACCCUACGCGACACUCUCUUAGCCCUUCACGGCAUUCCCCCGGACCUCGCCAAGUACCGCAAACUCCAACCAACCAGCGACACGGCCCAACCCGACCCGCCCGAGCCCGUUCUCGACGGUUUGGUCCGAACCGUCCUCUCUCAGAACACCACCGAAGCCAAUUCCCAAAAGGCUUUCGCCACCCUCAAAUCCUCCUUCCCCACUUGGGGACAUGUUCUCGGUGCUGACUCCAAGGACGUGGAGGAUGCUAUUCGAUGUGGGGGUUUAGCCCCGACUAAGGCUUCUUGUAUUAAGAACUUGUUGCGUUGUUUGCGCGAGAGAAGAGGCGAGUUGUGUUUGGAGUAUCUGCGUGACUUGUCCGUUGAUCAAGUUAAGGCUGAGCUCUCUCUUUUCAAAGGAAUUGGUCCCAAAACGGUGGCUUGUGUGUUGAUGUUCAAUCUUCAGCAAGAUGAUUUUCCUGUGGACACUCACAUAUUUGAGAUUGCAAAAACCAUUGGUUGGGUACCAGCUAUUGCAGACAGAAACAAGUCGUAUCUUCAUCUAAACCAAAGGAUACCAAAUGAACUGAAGUUUGACUUGAAUUGCCUUCUGUAUACGCAUGGGAAGCUUUGCCGCAAAUGCUCCGGUAAAAAGGGUAACAAUCAAGGAAAGAAAUGUAACGAUAACCCCUGUCCUUUAUUGAAUCAUGAUAAAGAGUCGGUUGAACUUUGAGUUGAGCAAGUAAAUUAUUUUCAAUUAUGAUUCUCAAACUAAACGAAGUCAACAUGGGCACUCUAAUCUUGUAACUGUAUACAAUACUAGUGGUAUAGACUUAGGUUGUUAUGCACGAGAACAAUUUUGAGAUUAGAUGAAAGAAAGGCCAACAAUUUUGAGCUGGUGCAUCAAGCACUUGCAGUUGCAGUGUUUGGAUUAUCUAAAAAU